UAUACUUUAGUUUAUUUAUUCCGUAAAUAUCCAACACAUUGGAUAUGGACCUCUCGAGAUUUUCAGUUUCUGUAAAAAAAGGUAAAUCGCAUAGAUUUCAAUAUGAAAUCAACAUCGCAUAUAACGAUUGGAGCUGGUCGAGGUAUAGAACCUUCGCGGAAUUUGAGGAACUUCAGCGGGAUUUGGAGCAGAAUUUUUGUGAUGUUCCUUCCCUCCCAGAUAUAGAAUUUGCAGCAGGAUUAGGUGCUCUAGAACACCUUCAUAACGCUGUGGAUUAUUUAGAUACAUUUUUAAAGGAAUUAUUUAACAGACCAGAUACAAGAUGUAGUCAACAUCUUUUGGAAUUUGUUGAUUUAAUUCACUAUCUUGAUGAGGUUCCUACACCACCAGUGAGUAAAUUAAUUUCAACCACAAGUGCCUACAACCAUUCAGUUUCAGACUGUGUUGUUCUGGAAAAUGAAUGUGCUCUUAUCGUCGCUUAUGAAGAGAAAACAUUUUUGAGUAAACUCGGUAAAUUAUGGUCCUUUAUCGAGCUGGAAACUUUAGGAGCAAUAAAAAUAUUUCAAUAUGACGAGUUUGAAUAUAAAUUUGUUGAAAAGAAGUGUUUGACAUUUACACAAAAGGUUCGAUGUAUUCGUUACGACGAGGAUUCAAAAAUAUUAGUUAUGGGUACAGAUUUCGGAUUUAUUAAACGCUUUCGACUCUUAUUUAAGGAAGAUAGCAUUGAAUUUGAGGAAAUUGACACCUUAAAGCUACAUGAAAACGCAAUACUAUCAAUUAACAUAUACGACGGUCACUAUUACACAUCAGGUUAUGACGGAAACAUCAGAAAGGUGAAUGUAAAGAGUAACAGAGUAGUUGCAGGAGGACGGUUAACUAAACGUUUAAAUGGUCAUAAAAUAAUGACUUCAACAGUUAAUAAAGACGUAAUGUUAGUGGGCUCAUCAAAUAAUGACAUAUUAUCGUAUUAUAUGGAACGGGAGAUACCAGUACUAGUAAAUACUACAAAAGUGGUGGAACCACUUGAUAUUAGGAAGAUUCUAGUGUGCGGAAAGAAUCUGUUCAUAUCCCACGGGAACACAAUUUCAUGUUAUCCAUACAAUAAAACUACAGUGGAUUUGUCCGGGAAUAACGCUAAGCCUAAGCUCCAGGCAAACACAAUUGAAUUGUGUACUCUAGUGGGUUCAAACACUAGUAACAGCACUGCUAAUGUUGAUAAGAGUGUGAAUGUGAGUAUACCUGGAGUUAACAGGAGUGCGAAAUUCUCGCCCAGUUCAAGCGGCUCAAUUUUACAUACAAAUAAGGUCUACUCGAUUGUUUUGAGGAGCAAAAAUAAACAGCUAGUCGCAGGCCACGAUGAAGUAAUAACUAUUUGGUGCACGACCUCUGGGAGAAUGUUGUUUAUAUGGAAGGCACACCGGGACGAGCAAGUUCACUUCCUACACCUCAUGGAAAAGGACGAUUUGCUCCUCUCUGGCGGAUCAGACGGCAGGAUUAGACUGUGGAAGCUCCCUGAAGAUGAAAAGUUGACGCUCUGGACCCCAUCCCAAAAUUCGACGACGUAUGUACACCAAUAAUCUCCAUUUGAUGAGACUUUACUUUCAGUAAAUUGUUGUAAUAUUUUAAAAUUAAUGUAGAUUUUGUAUUAUAAAUA